AUGAUUGCAACCGUAAAUGGUGUCCCAUUUAUUGACAAAUUACGUGAACCCCAUGGGGGUAAGACCUGGGUAGUUUUAUGUGCUAGUGGAUCUGGAUGGGAAAACUAUGGAAUGGAGGCGGACGUAUACCACGCCUACCAAGUGGUCCGCAAACACGGAAUACCGGCCGAAAACAUAAUAGUCAUGGCCUUUGACUUCAUCGCCCACAGCGACCUUAACCCGACACCCGGUGUGGUCAUCAACCGUAUCAAUGGCACCGAUGUCUACAAAACCCCGUAUGAAGUGCCCAUAAAUUAUAAAGAAUUUGAUGUCACCCCGGAGCAAUUUUUGGGUCUUAUUAGUGGAAACGAGACGUUAGAGAAAGCGGGCAAAAAGGUAGUCAAGAGUGGACCCAACGAUCGUAUAUUUGUGUUCUUAGAUGGCCAUGGUGGUGAUGAGGUUGUUGAAUUCCCCAGGGACAUGUUAUAUGCUAAAGACUUGAAUAAUGUGCUCAUUGAAAUGCAUAAACAAAAUAAAUUUGCCCAGCUAGUAUUUUAUUUGACAGCGUGUGAAUCAGGCUCUGUUUUUGCUAAAUUAUUGCCAAACGAUAUUAACGUAUACGCGGUUACUGCCACUGCGCCUGGUGAAUUAGGCUGGAAGGCUGAGCAUGAUCACGGAAAAUAUGAUACCUGGCUAGCUACAUAUUUUCCCACUCAAUGGCUAUAUGAUACCGAGCAUAAUGAUUUAACCAAUGAACCUUUAUCAACACAAUACAAGUAUAUUAAGGAGCACAAUAAUUUCACCAUGGACGGUAUACAACAUUUUCAGCAUGCUCAACAAUAUGUCACAGAAUUGGAGGGUUUGUUAAGCCGUCGGAAACUAAUGGAUAAACAGAUCGAGGAAUACGUGAAUGAAUUGCCGGCAAUUGACGCCAAUAUCGCAUUGAAUGGCAAACUAGAGCUCAAUAACAGAGACUGUUAUAAGAAACUGGUCGACACUUUCAAUGAAAGGUGUUAUUUGUUUAGUAAAAAUUCCUACGCUUUCUAUAAGUUAAGUGUUUUCCGCAAUAUUUGCGAACAAAUGCGUGACUCGAGUGAUGCGGACAUUGCUGUCAACCGAUUGAUACAACACUGCAAUGCAAAUGCAAAACCAAUUGAUAGUAUUGUAUAA